UACUGUCAAACAAACCCUAAAAGUACUCCUUUUCCCGCCAAAGAGAAAUUGACUGCCGCACGGAAACCGCGCUUCUGGAAUCUUCCUUCAAUUCUUAACUCUUCAACAUUCCACCUCCACCGCCGACCGUCGGUUCGCUGCUCGCUGACCACCGUCGCAAUGUCGAAGAAAAGAGGUCUUUCAUUGGAAGAGAAGCGUGAGAAGAUGCUCCAAAUCUUUUACGAGUCACAAGACUUCUUCCUGCUUAAGGAGCUUGAGAAGUUAGGUCCCAAGAAAGGUGUCAUCACUCAGUCCGUGAAGGAUGUCAUCCAAAGUUUAGUGGACGAUGACCUUGUUUCAAAAGAUAAGAUAGGAACUUCUGUAUACUUUUGGAGUCUUCCAAGCUGUGCAGGAAAUCAGCUUAGGAAUGUUCACCACAAACUUGAAUCUGAACUAAAAAGCAACAAGAAGCGGUACGUUGAGCUUGCUAAUCAAUGUGAGGGGCUAAAGGAGGGACGAGAGGAAUCUGACGAGCGAGAGGAGGCCUUAGCAGAUCUUAAAGCCAUUGAGCUGAAGCAUAAUGAGUUGAAGGAAGAGUUGGGGAAGUAUGCAGACAAUGAUCCAGCUGCCAUUGAAGCAAUGAAGGAAGCAAUUGAAGUUGCCCAUGCAGCAGCCAACAGAUGGACAGACAACAUUUUCACCCUGAAGCAAUGGUGUUCAAACAACUUCCCCCAGGCCAAGGAGCAGCUUGAAAACAUGUAUAAGGAGAUUGGUAUAACAGAUGAUUUUGACUAUUUGGAGUUAGCACCUCUUCCCCUCAGGGCUGUUGGUGAUUUGGAACUUUGAGGCGAGAUGAAGGCCGUGUCUCUCUUAGUUGCUGAUCUUAAUAAAGUAAAGCUGAUUAUGAUUAUUUCCCAUGACAUCAUCAAACAAAGAACAGUGGCAUGUUAUUUUCUUUUCCCCACUUCCCUAACUUGAUCAAAGUCCUCAGGGAUAGCAAAAUUAGCUGAAAAAAACAUCAGGUUUUACGAAUAUACAAGAUUUAAGAUUUACCUGAA